CUUUUAUACACAGCGUUUAAUGGGUACACAAAUUGACGUGAGAAGAGAAUACCAAUUGCUUUUCAAAUUAUUUUCUUAACAUUUUUAUUUCAAUUGAAAUUUGAAAACGCGAUGGAAAGGGAAAAAAAUCAAUCCGAAAAUGGACCGCGUAAUUUUGCAUUCUAACAUUUAUGAAGUUAAAGUGUUAAAUGGUGCUUUAAAAGAGAGAUGUGAAUAUAUUUAAUGAUAUUUUGUUAAGAUAAACAUUUGUGUAAAAUUAUAAAGUUUGAUUAAUAGUGUAAAAUUAAAGCGUAAUAUUUACGAGUGUGGACUUUAGUGAGCAUGAUUCAUAAAUGACGACAACUCAAAUGAUGGAAGUGGUGUUUUUCGUAAUAUUAACGUCAAGUUUAAUGAAGGGUGUAACGUCACAAUGUGCUUCCAAAGUGAUUGGUGAGCAAAAUCCUGCGGGAAAGGCUGGCAGUAUUGAUGGCAACUCAGACGUUGGGUAUAUUUUGCGCGGAAAUCUAGACAACUAUAAGAUUGACUGUUGCGGCACAAUAACUGAGUGGCAGUUGGAGGCGGAUCAAGCCGGGACAGUUUAUUUACAAGUAUGGCGGCCAACUACCGGAAAUGAUUAUAAGCUGGUAGGAGAAAAUGUAGAAAAUGUCGGAGCAGGCCUUAACUCGCCGAUAACUAUUGCAGCUGGGGAUCAAAUUUCUGUUCGUCCUGGUGAUAGGAUAGGAUGGUUUGCCGACGGACCCAACAUUAUUGAACAUAAAGGGGCCGGAGGGUCACCUGAUGUCUCAACUCAAGCGAUGACAAGACCCGCAGUUGAUAGUACGACCACGUGGACUACAACUGUUGACGCUACUGAUACAUAUGCUAUAAGAGCUGAGGCGAAUGGAGGUACAGGCCCAACUGUGGACAGUCCAGCAGAUAAUAGUGUGUUUCCUAUUUUGAACAAUGUUGGGAUUGGGACAUUUAUAACUACCAUAACAUGGUCAGAUCCUGAUGUUGGUGAUGAGUUGAACACAACAAUUACGGCUGAUUCGAAGUUCACAUUUGUCGAAGGGGUAGGAACAGGAACUUUAUCUGUUGCUUCAUCACUGGCCGGACCCGAUCUAACAGAAAGUCUUACAUUCACGGUCACUGAUUUCUGUGGAAACACCGAUUCAAUCACCAUUGAUGUCCAAAUUAUUAACGAAGCCCCCGUUCUUCAUGACAUGCCCGCAGCGGUUACUCUGAGUGAGGAUGCCACCACAAAACAACUCUUGUACACAAUCAAUGCAACAGACACCGUCGAUCCGGUAACAUGUUCUUUUAGCCCAGCGGUUACUGACCCAUUCAGUAUUAGCCAAAUUUCAGGGACUGCAGACUAUGGUAUAUAUGUGGACGACAACCCAAACUUGAAUUAUAAUACUGAAAGAAGUUAUGAGUUCACAGUGAAGUGUACUGAUGGUUAUAAAGAUAGUAAUACGGGGACAUUCUAUGUUUAUCUUGUAAAGAAUCAGGCCCCUCUGAUUCACAAUCUACAAGCUGCAACAAGUAUAUCAACAACAAAUGGUAUUGGUACCAAUGUGUUCUCGGUGAACGCUACAGACGCCGAAGGUGACACGAUAUCGUAUACCAUGACAUGUAAUCCUACGCCAUGUCCUUUCACUAUAUUUGCAUCUGGAGAAAUUCAGCUAAAUGCUGAUAUUUCGAACUAUAACACAGUCGGUUACGAUAUAGAAAUCACCGUUGCCGAUGCUAAAAAUACGGCGGAUCCAAAAAUAUUAACUGUGCUUAUAAGAGAUAUUAACGAUCCAGUUUUGAUUAACAAUCUUCCUUUGGCAAAUUCAUACACCGUUCAAGAAAACACUCCAUUAUCUUCCUCAGUAUUUGCUGUUUCUAUCUCAGACCAAGAUGCACAAACAUGGACUUAUUCCAUGACAUCAACCCCUGCAUCUGGAGCUUCAUAUUUUUCUAUUGAUGCUACAAGUGGACUCAUUUCUACGUCAGGCACCCUUCUUGAUUACGAGACGCUUUCGACCGCAGGAACAACAUCCUUUACGUUUGUUAUUCAAGUUAACGACGGCACUGUAUCGGAUACUCAAUCGUUAGUGAUUGACGUCAUCAACGUAAACGAGGCUCCGCAGUUUUCGCUGUCAACUUACAGUUUGUCGACUACAGAAGGAUUGGCAAACGAUGUUAUAGGCACUCCUUCAUAUGGUGUUAGAGAUCAAGAUAAUGGUGAUACAAAAACGUACUCUAUAAAUUGCGGGGCUGACACAGCUAAGUUUUAUAUGGACUCCUCCACGGGACAAGUUUCGUUCCAGUCCGAUUAUAGUAUAG